ACGUCAUACCUCGAUAUAUUUUUGGAUACUAGUAUAUCGAGGUCUGACAUCAUUAUUUCACAAAACUGGAUCUAGCUAAACUCUCAGGCACACCGGCCAGCGCGCUCUCUCUCCCGGGCAAGUCCAGCGAUGUGUCGGCACAGGCACUGAUCUGCGUUCUGCUGAGCACGAUGGCUCAGAGAAAAAUUCCCAUUCAGCCGUUGGACUGAACUGGUACUGUAACACAGUAUGGAUGGUCAAUAUGAAGCAAGCUUCAUCGAAUUCCUCCAAGAGCUCUGUACUCUGUUCUGAUCAUUUUGAAGAUGCUUGCUUUGACAGGACUGGGCAAACGAUUCGUCUAAGACAGGAUGCUGUCCCAACCACAUUUAAUUUGCCGCCUCGUCAUCAGAAGAAUGCACACAAACCAGGGAAACCCUCGAAAGAAAGUCAUUUAGAUUCAGCAAGCAACCUCCCAGAUACUGCAAAGACACCUGUACCAAAGUCUUCAGCACCUUCCCUGGGACUACUACUCAAUGCCAAAAAUCUAAGAGGGAUGGAGACCAGCAGCAUGGCAGCAGGAGCUAAUGUUGGUCGUGAUGAGGCAUAUACCACCAUCAACAAUGCUGCAAUUGCAGUCACCACCACCAAGUCUGCUUCUGUCACUGCCAUCACCAUUGCCACCGCCAUUACCAAGACCACUCCUGACACAAAGCCCCCAAGUCCUCAACUGACCAGAUAUUGCAGCUGGAGAAGGAUAUACCAGGAACUUCAAAGCCAGGGCUUGCCAGUCUCCUACAAUAAGAAAAAUGCCAUGGGCCCAUCUAAUGAACUAGUAGUAGAAUAUUUGGCCACAGUUGUAGAAAUGCAGAGACUAACAUACUGCCACAGGUGAGGUUUUGUCCACAGUUCCAGAAGGACACAAAAUAGUAUCAGAAAGUCAUGCCAGAAUCAACAACUGAAGGGUUUGAAGAGCCAGAUAAAGAGCCUAGAAAUGUGAUUUAAACGUACUUCAAUCACAUGCACAGUAGGAGCAAAAACAGCAGCAAACACACAGGAGAUGUAACACUACAUUGACCAACAGCAACAACUACAGCAGCAUCAACAAUUUCU